GCUUGAAAGUGAAGGUGGGUGAGGAAGGGUGGGGCUGGGCUUCCUGGGGACCUUGAUGCUCUCGCCGCCCCCCAUCCCGAAGGGGGCAAGGGGUGGUGGGGGUGGUAGAAUUGGGGUUAUGUAUUCUGAUUCCCCCCCACCCCAAGAAGGGGUUGCAGCUGGAGGUUGAUGUGGGAAGGGGAAGAAAAGGUUAGGUUAUGGGGAGGGGUUUGAUUUAGACUCCGAUCCCCCCACCUCAUUCUAGGAGGAGAAAUUGGGGGCACACACAGGAAGUGGGUAGUAGUGGGAGACUAUAGAGUUUAACUUAGGGGGUGUGUGGAAAGGGAUUGGGGUGCAUUGAGGGGUUUGGGGAGAGAGGUUAAUUUAAAUCUCAGCUUGCUGUCCUGAAUUACAGAGUGAGCUCCAGUGCGCCCCCCCCGCCCCCAGGAAGGUGAACGUGGCAGUGGACCUGGGGUGGGGGGACAGGGUUACCUUAUGUUGAGGGAGUUUAAAAGGGGUGUGUGGGAGUGGGGGCUGCGUUUAGGCAGGGGGGCACCAUAAUGCACUCACACACACUCUAGGGUGGUGUUAGGGGCGCCCCAAAGAAGAGGAGAUGGCAAACUGUUGGUUCUCUGUGUGGGGAGUUUUUAGAUACAUUGAGGAAAUGUGAGAGCGCCUUAAUUUGCAGGAGGACUCACCUCCCCCCCCCCGCCCAAAUACAUUUCUAGUGAUCCAGGAAGGGUUUCUGGAGACAUGCCUCUGGGCAUGGGCAGAGUGCCUCCAUGCACUCUCACCUUUGCAGCUGGUCCCUCCCUACACAGAUUUUCAGGCUAAGGAACAGGAUUGGAGAUGAUGAACAAGGUUAUGAUCUAGACUUGUUCUGCAUACCAAAACAUUAUGCAGAAGAUUUGGAAAAAGUCUACAUUCCUCAUGGACUCAUUAUGGACAGGACAGAGAGACUGGCACGAGAAAUCAUGAAGGCCAUGGGAGGGCAUCAUAUUGUUGCUCUCUGUGUCCUGAAGGGAGGCUACAAGUUCUUUGCUGACCUGCUGGAUUACAUCAAAGCCCUGAACCGGAACAGCGACAAGUCUAUCCCUAUGACAGUUGACUUCAUCAGGUUGAAGAGCUAUUGUAAUGACCAGUCAACUGGUGAUAUAAAAGUAAUUGGUGGGGAUGACCUCUCGACCUUGACUGGGAAGAAUGUCUUGAUUGUAGAAGAUAUAAUUGACACUGGUAAGACAAUGAAGACUCUCUUGUCUUUGCUCAAGCAGUACAACCCAAAGAUGGUAAAGGUAGCCAGCUUGUUGGUCAAAAGAACACCUCGAAGUGUAGGAUACCGGCCUGACUUUGUUGGGUUUGAAGUGCCAGACAAGUUUGUCGUGGGCUAUGCUCUAGAUUAUAAUGAAUACUUCAGAGAUUUGAAUCAUAUUUGUGUGAUAAGCGAGACUGGGAAACAGAAAUACAAGGCGUGACGCCGCCAGCUGAAACGCCAUGGCCGCUGGACUUCGAAGCAGGCAUCCCCAGUGUCCAUCUUUCCACUGCCUUCAGCUCCGGUCACCAGCUUAAAAUUGUGGAAUGUUCCAACCUUGUCAUUUUGCUUGCUAUAACUCAGGGGUUCUCAAACCCGGGUCCCCAGAGGAUGCUAGACUACAGCUCCCAUCAUCCCCAGCCACUAUGGCCACAAAGCUUGUGGAAGCUGAAGUCCAUCCCCAUCUGGGGACCCGGGUUUGAGAACCCCUGUUAUAACUUAUUGCAUGUACAGUGUGAGAACUUCGUCUUGUUCAUUUACAUUUGAGGAAUGUCACGCGGUGCAGUUCUGCACUCUCCUCUUUCCUUUUCUUUUUCAAUUUGCACUAUGAAUCUACCUGUUCUAGCCCCUCCCCAUCUGCCCCCCAACUUCCUAAUGGGAGUUUGCUGUGUGUUGACCCAAGUUUAACUCUUCAGGUCAUUCUCUCCCCCCCCCCACUUUUUUGCACCUCAUCAGCCCAGAACUGAAAUAGUUAUAUAAGUACUGUAAAUGUAUAAGGCAUUUUAAGAUGGGAAAUCUAUAUUAGUAAUAUUUUUUUAAGAAAAUCUGUAAUUUAAGUUUUAUAUUGUAAUGAAUGCAGAAAUUGGGAUGAUUUUUAGAUAGCUGCUUUUUUGGGGAGGGGGGUGAGGGUGCCGUGCUGUACAGAAGAGGCACACCGGGGGCGGCUGCUUGACGGCUCCUCUGCCCCUGAAGGAGUACGGACAGUGUUCUGCUGACUGCUUUUUCUGGAGUUGCCUUACUUGCCUCUUACGGGAGUCCCGGAGGGAGGAGCGGGGGGAGAGCCAUUUUGGCCCAAAAAGAGAGCAAGACACACUAGAAUGUUCAAGCAGCUCCUGAGCUCUUGACCUCCCCUGUUGGAUGAACAGCGCAGUCCCCCGGGAACUUCUCACACCCAGUCCCCAUAGGGGAAAACGGGGAUCCAUUUCCCUGAGACUUGCACACAAGAAGUUCCAGGGGGGGUUGUGCCUUGAUGCUCCUUCCCUUUCCCCGUCAUCUAACAGGAUUGCCUUUUCGGAUCUCUCCGUCUCGACUGUAUUUUACAUCUAUGAUAAAUGAUUGUAACAUUGACGGGGAAAUGCCCGCACUUCACAACGCAGGCUGUCUCUCCAAAGGUAGCACCUUGACAGCUGCGUUGUCCUCUUCCAUCCGCUUCAGCAUCUGUGGCGCCUGCUUUUUCAUCACUGGCCACCCCUCUGCCUAGCCGUGGAAGAGAGCCCUUUGGGCCAGGGCAGCCCUGCUGUUAUGGAAGAGCUGAGCUCUUGUGUCUUACCCACGCAGUUCCUGGGAAGAGGUAUAUGCAAUUGGGCCUCCAGCCAUUCGAGAUUUCGGCAGGUUGAAAAACACUGUAUGUUCUGCUCUGGCAAAGUAAAUAGCACAGAUGAAUUGUUCAUUAAACACCCAUGUGUGGAAAAGCA